AUGUCGAUGUUUUUGUCAUCUCUUCGCACUAAUGCCAUUCUUCUUCUCUGGUGUAGUUACAUGAGCUUGGCACAUUUAUCUGAAUCAAAUGGAACGGAUCGGCUAGCCUUGUUGGCCUUCAAGGCUCACAUAACCAAUGAUCCCUUUCACGUUGUGAGCUCGUGGAAUGACUCUGUUCCCUAUUGCAAGUGGCUAGGCAUUGUAUGUGGUGGCCGUCGGCAUCCAAACAGGGUCAGAGUCUUGAAUUUACAGUCCAGUGGGUUAGUGGGUUCUUUGGCACCAGAAAUAGGAAACCUAAGCUUCCUUCGAGAUAUUUCGCUCCAAAACAAUAGCUUCUAUGGUGAAAUCCCUCAAGAAGUUAGCUUUCUGUUAAGGCUUCGUUAUUUAUUCCUAUACAAUAACUCUUUUGAAGGGGAAAUCCCACCCAACAUAUCACAUUGCUCCAACCUUAUAGAACUCAGUUUUGGUCGAAACAAGAUAGUGGGGAAAAUUCCAAUAGAACUUGGCUCCUUUUCAAAACUUCGACUCCUUAGUUUCCAUGAAAACAGAUUGACAGGACAAAUCCCACCUUCCUUUGGGAAUCUUUCAUCCCUUGACACCCUUUCAGCAGGAUACAAUAGCUUUAGUGGAAGUAUUCCAAAUGCUUUUGGCCAAUUGACAAGAUUAUAUAUUCUUGCACUUGGUGGAAAUAAGUUGUCUGAUACUUUCCCUCCCUCUAUAUAUAAUAUUUCCUCACUUGGUGUUUUAGAUGUCUAUGAUAACCAACUUCAAGGGAAUCUUCCACCAAAUUUAGGCUUCAAUCUUCCUAAUCUAUUUGGGUUUCAAAUUGCUGCAAACCAAUUUCAUGGAUCACUUCCAGCUUCCAUAUCCAAUCUAUCAAAUCUCAAACAAAUUAAUGUUGAGAGAAACAAUCUUACUGGGAAAGUGGCUAUUCAUUUUGGAGGUCUGUCAAGACUCAAUUGGCUUUCAUUAGCCGACAAUCAUUUGGGAAGUGGAGAAGCUGGUGAUGACCUUGGUUUUAUCAACACGUUGACAAACUGUAGUAGUUUAGCAAAACUCUGGCUUGGUGCUAAUCAGUUUGGUGGUGUGCUCCCCAACUCCAUUGCAAACUUGUCGAUUCAACUCAGAGACCUUACAAUGCCAUUAAAUCAAAUAUCUGGAAAAAUCCCUGUACACAUGGAGAAUCUGGUAAGCUUACAAAGGUUAACCCUAUCUUAUAACUUACUAGAAGGAAUUAUUCCGACUUCAAUUGGGGGACUUCAAAUGCUAAAUGAACUUGAUUUAGUAGGGAAUGGAUUCACAGGGCAAAUCCCUUCUUCUUUGGGAAGCUUGACUCGAUUGAUUGAUCUCCAUCUAGAUGGUAAUCGCUUGCAUGGAAAAAUUCCUUCUAGUCUUCAAAAUUGCAAAAACUUGUUAAGAUUGGGCCUUUCAGGCAAUAGUUUCAAUGGUGUCAUCCCAAAAGAGAUAUUCGAUAUUUCCCAGUUAAUAGAGCUAGACUUGAGUAGAAACUAUUUCAUUAGUUCUCUACCUUUGGAAGUGGGUCAAUUGACCAAUCUUGAAACCUUAGCAGUUUCUGAGAAUAUGUUGUCUGGUGAAAUCCCUAGCACCCUUGGUGUUUGUACAAGCUUAGUAAACCUUGUUAUGGAGAGUAACUUAUUUCAAGGAUCUAUACCAUUGUCUCUGAGUUCUCUAAGAGGUCUUCAAGAUUUAGAUCUUUCAAAUAACAACUUAUCUGGUCCUAUCCCAAAAUAUAUGGAAACAUUUAAAUAUGUUCAGAAUUUGAAUUUAUCAUUUAAUCAUUUGGAGGGUGAGGUACCGGUAGGAGGAGUCUUUGGAAAUUUUAGUGCAGUUUCAGUCAUUGGAAACAAUAAGCUUUGUGGAGGGAGUUUGGGUUGUGUGUACAAAGGUACUCUAAAUCAUGGGGAAACAAUUGUUGCAGUAAAAGUCUUCAAAAUUGAACAAAGAGGUGCUUCCAAGAGUUUCAUGGCUGAAUGUGAAGCCCUUAGAAACAUCCGGCAUCGUAAUCUUGUCAAAAUCUUAACAUCUUGCUCAAGUAUAGAUUUUGAAGGAAAUAAUUUCAAGGCUUUAGUAUAUGAGUUCAUGCCCGGAGGGAAUUUGGAGGAGUGGUUACAUCCACAAAAAAAUGGAGUACUAGAUGAGCAAAGGCAUUUAAACUUUGUUCAAAGGUUGAAUAUUGCCAUUGAUAUUGCAUCAGUAUUAGAUUAUCUUCACCACCAUUGUCAUAUGCAGAUUAUCCACUGUGACAUAAAACCAAGCAAUAUUCUUCUUGAUGAUGAUUUGACUGCACAUUUGGGUGACUUGGGGAUAUCGAGAAUUCUUUCAAAAGCCACAUAUAGAUCUCAACAUCACACUAGUUCAAUUGGGAUAAAAGGAUCUAUCGGAUACAUUGCACCAGAAUAUGGUGCAGGUGCUACCGUUUCAACUCAUGGUGAUGUCUACAGUUAUGGGAUUCUCUUGUUAGAGAUGUUCACAGGGAAGCGGCCGACUAAUGAAAUAUUCAAGGAUAACUUUAAUCUUCACAACUGGGCUGAGAUGGCUUUGCAAGAUGGAGUGAUGGCUGUCCUCGACCCAUCACUUCUCCCUAUGGAAGAAGAUGAAGAAAUGUCAACGGAAAUUGUCGCCAAAUUCACUGGAAGUCGAAGAAGGAUGAAAGAUAAAAUGCUAGAUUGCCUUAAUUCAAUUAUUAGAAUUGGAGUUGCCUGCUCAGCUGAGUCACCUUGUGAUCGAAUGCAUAUAAAUGAUGUGGUCAAAGAGCUACUUCAGAUCAGAAACGUUAUCUUGAAGUCAGCAUUCACUGGGGAAAAUGACCAAUGA